CGCAUCACGACCAUCGGAUGAAGGCCGGCGUACCCAAAAUCAACGGCGAUCCUCUUUUCUCUCUGCAUUUUUCCGUCCGACAAAGAAGAAGAAGAUAAAGAGAGAGAGAGAAAGCUAAGACGAGACCCAUUAUUGGGGAUCGGGGGUUGCUCGGAAUCGCGCCCUCCGCCUCUCUCUCUCUCUUCUUUCAAAUUCUUUUGACAUUUCUUCUUUCCCCGCACAGAGAUUCAAAGAAGAAGAAGAAACCCAAAAGAAAUUGAAAGAAUUUAUAGAUAUAUAUAUAUAUUUGAAAAUGGAUAUCGAUAGCAUUGAGUGCGUGCCGUCGCCGGAUAUCAUGGACGAAGAAGAGAUUCCGUUAUCGCAGCGCCAUCAUCGCCGCCAGAACAACUCCUCGUCCACUAAUAAGCCCCACAGCAAUUCGUUUCCUUCCGCAAUUGCCCCUACCAGCGUCCAUGAUUUGCUGGAAUGCCCCGUUUGCACCAACUCCAUGUACCCUCCCAUUCAUCAGUGCCACAAUGGUCACACGCUAUGCUCAACAUGUAAAGUAAAGGUACACAACCGAUGCCCUACUUGCAGACAAGAGCUUGGUGACAUUCGGUGUUUGGCUUUAGAAAAGGUGGCAGAGUCACUCGAACUUCCCUGCAAAUAUUUUUCAUUGGGGUGUCCAGAAAUCUUUCCAUAUUACAGCAAGCUUAAACAUGAGGCGCUUUGCAAUUUUAGACCGUACAAUUGCCCAUAUGCCGGAUCGGAGUGUUCUGUUACUGGGGAUAUACCUUACCUGGUUUCUCAUCUAAGAGAUGACCAUAAGGUUGACAUGCACACCGGAUACACCUUCAACCAUAGAUAUGUCAAGUCCAAUCCUCGCGAAGUGGAGAAUGCCACAUGGAUGCUCACUGUCUUUCACUGUUACGGACAGUACUUUUGUCUUCACUUCGAGGCAUUCCAGCUGGGCACAGCACCGGUUUACAUGGCCUUUGUCAGGUUCAUGGGGGAUGAGGCCGAGGCGCGCAACUACAGCUACAGUCUUGAAGUAGGAGGAAUCAAUAGGAAGCUAAUUUGGGAGGGUACCCCUAGAAGUAUAAGGGACAGCCACCGGAAGGUGAGGGACAGCCACGAUGGCCUUAUCAUUCAACGCAACGUGGCCCUCUUCUUCUCAGGCGGCGAUAGGAAGGAGCUCAAGCUUAGGGUCACUGGGAAGAUUUGGAAGGAGCAGCAAAAUCCCGAUUCUGCCCCUGUCUGUAUGCCCAAUCUUUGUUUGUAGCAGCAGUUAACGCCGCCCCUCUGCCACCACCACCCGCCACAGGGGUGCUUGCAUGAGUGUCUUUCUGCUCUGUUGUUAAUUAUUACUGCUAAUGGUAAUUGUGCUACGUGAAGAUUUUAUCCUCUCUUCUUUUUCUUUUUUUUUACCUUUCAAAUUUCACGCUAGCUUUUCCACUGUAAUCUGUAAUAGCAUCGACUUAGAUUGCUAAGAAAUGCUUGUCAUAGACACUCAUUUUCUUGACCUUUUUCUUUUUCCAACAAAAAAGCUUCAUUGCCAUU